AUGCCCAUUGCCAUCAUCUGGGGCUGCGUCGCUCUGGCGUUCGGCCUCACAGCGCUGAUGAUGUUCAUCAUGACGAUCAUCUCCGUCGUCCGAGACUCCAAACUCUUCGAGGACGUCAUACCCACCUCCACGAUACCCCGAGAGUCGGCCGUCUUCACUUCUUUCGCCAACGAAAAGAUCCGAGGAAAUCCAGACGAGGUCUUUGCGGCGGUGCUGGAUUUCGAUGCCUAUCCGACCUGGUCCCCGUACACCGACUACAAGUGGAGGGAGACCGAUGCCGAUGGCUUGCCUGUGCCUGGGUGUCCUGGUACUUUACGGUUGACAGUAGAUGACUCGGUAUCAAGGACGAUUCCCGUACGAUUGACCGCUCUGGAUCGCGAGCGGAGAAUCAUCUCGGAGAUCACAACCCUCUACCCAAAAUGGCUCUUGGUGUCUGAGCGCGUCCAGGAAGUGCUCCCCAUCCAAGGCGAAUCAGAAUUCUGCGAGUACAGAACGUACUUCACUUACCAAGGGUUCGCCGCGUACUAUCUUCUCCUGGCAACGCGAGAGGAGAUGUAUGAGAUUCAGAAACAGUGUGCUAGCGAUCUCAGGUACCUUUUUGAAGAGAAGAUCCGGGUGAAGGGCUUGAAACGGUUCAGGACUAUGUGA